AUGAAUGAAUUGUUACAGAAACAUGGGUGUGCAAACGUUUUCUCAAUACCCGAAGGACUCAAAGAACUUAUGUCUGAUAUUUCACGAGAAGUUUUGCGUGAACAACCGAAGCACAUUUUUGCCUUCAUAUCCAACUACCUGUCAGUGAUGAUGCUGACCAGAGAACACGGUGUGAUGGCAGUCAGUAUACUUGAAGACCUGUGUGACUGUCGGCCGUCCGUAUCACAACAUCUCAUUCAACUGGGAAUGGACCAGAGUGAAGCGGAAAAUCUCUCUGAAAUAAUUAAGGAGGAAAUCGAAGCGUUUCAAGCUGACGAAAAAGAUUCAUUGAAAGAGAGUCAAAUAUUAAAAAGGAUACUCAAAAAAUAUCCUUUAGAUGAGGUGAUGACAACCAAGGUAUGUCAGGUUGCUAGAAACGCAUACCGAGAUUAUUGGUACAGGAAGAAAUCAUUAGAAAAGUCAUUGAAAAUUAAACCCGAGGAGCCUUGGGAGAUAGCAGCUCAGCGUACCUUGGAACUAUAUAAGAGAACAAAACCAUCCAUGAGCGAACUAACACGCGCCACUGAGAAGAUACAGGCCGCAUACCGGGGAUACCAUGUCAGAAGAAAUAUUCUGCGUCAUUUGAAACAGAAGCCAAAGAAGAAAGGUCCUAAAGUCGACCUGCCAGGAGCACCACUGGAUGUCGCUGAAUCUAGAGAAAUCGAUUUAGGCCCAUUGCUUAGUAUCACUGUAAAAGAAGACGACAUAAGAAGUAUGUUCGAGCAACAUACGACAGAGAAGCUUGGACUUCAAUAUGAUCCCAUGAAAACCAUAACACACGUACCAGACGAAGAUGCUGAUGAAGUCUCUGACUACAUCAUGUCCAGAGACAGGUUCAGCCGUUCUUCGACUGGUGAACGACGGAGCAGAACCGCCAGUGUAGCAGACGAACGAAGCCGUGUAGUCAGCAUCUCCAAGGAACGGCCGAGCUACAUUAUCGAAGAAGACACAGCGAUGCAAAAAAUUUCAUUCUCCUUGGUACCGCCGCAAGUAUUUCCAGAUGAAUCUACUGUUGUGCCUGUUGUGGAAGACCAAGAAAUAAAGGAAGUUCUGGCUCCGGAAGACACUGAUAUUACCGACACAGAUACAAAGGCUGAUGAGGUGCCGGAGGAUUUACCAGAAUCCGAGGGUGAGGCGGAGAGUGUACCAACGACGUCGGUCGCAUCUUCUGCACCUGAAACAGCUCCGACAUCUGAAGCUGAACAAGAAGAUGCAGGCGAAGAAGACGGAUAG